AUGAGCUGCUCGUCAUCGCCGCGGGACGCCGACGUCGACGAGAGGCGGAGGCAUGGCGGCCGGGGCAAGAACCAGGAGGAGGUCCCGGCGCUGGACCUGCUCGACGACUUCUGGUUCUUCAGCAACUCCCUGGGCGGCGGCGGCAGGGACGACGGCAAGGGAGGAGCAAGGAGGCCGCCGCUGCUGCCCAAGUCGCCCUCCACGUCCUCCUCCGGGCGGGCCAAGACCGGCGGCGCCUCCGACGACCAGCUGCAGAUGCAGGGGCGCAAGUCCCGGUUCCUCCGCACGCCGUCGCUCCCGUCGCCGCGCAUCAGGAUGGACCCGCCGCCGUCGUCGUCCAGGCACGUCGAGGAGGUGCCCGAGGAAGAUACAACUGCUGGUGCAGAUCAGGCCGCGCCGGCCGAGGCGGCGGAGGACGACGACAUGAACUGGAGCAAGAUUUACGAGGGCGUCCUGCGCACCAGGAUCGCAGAGGAAGGACGCGGGUCAGGGUCGUCGUCGCCGCUGCUGCACCGGGCGCCGUCCACGCCGGUCCCAUAUUCGGCCAUGAUGGGCGUCGAUGGCCGUGGCCGCGGCGAGGAGGCGGUCACCAGGUCCACGCCCAGCCUGCCCAGGCUCAGGCACUCGCACAGCACGCUCGAGAACCACUGCCGAUCCCACACGCCCACCAAGCCUGACCGUGACCACCGGACGCCGAGACUGGCAAGCAUCAGCAGCAGCAGAGCGGAGCGUGGGCAUCCGCGGCGCGACCUCCGAUCCUUCGGCGCGAGCCAGCAUCCGUCCACCAUCGCCCGGACCAAGAGCGAGUUCCUGGACAAGAGGUGGAAGAGCUCGAGCGCGCUGGAGUCGAUCGAGGUGCAGGGGUUCAAGGACCUGGGCUUCGUCUUCGACCAGGAGGAGCUGCGCGAGAGCCUGGCGGACGUGCUCCCGGGCCUCAAGACCAGGGGCAGCUCCGCCUCCGGGUCCGGCAGCGCCAGCGACAACGACGACGCCAACGUCGAGCACGCGGGCCAGGACGACGGGGUCGUGCGGCGGCCGUACCUGUCGGAGGCGUGGCAGCACGGCGCGCGGUCGACGCCGCCCCUCACGGCGUCCGCGUCGGCGAUCAGGCUGCAGCAGGCGGACGCGAGGUCCGCGGCGGAGAUGAAGGACCAGCUCCGGAUGUGGGCGCAGGCCGUCGCGUGCAACGUCCGACAGGAGUGUUAAAUGGCCGCCGCCGCCGUACUGCCCGCCCGCCUGCCUCCAUGGCAUUCGCUUGCUUCAGUCAUCCCGCGCGAACUACAUUCUGGUUCUACUAUCUACUGUACAACAGAGAUCGAGAUUAGACAAACACACGAGCUACCACGUCCAAUGAUAUGAUGCUCCAAAUUUUGUUACUUUCGCCAUGCGCCGAAAAUUUCCAAACGGAUAUAAAUAAACAUUUAGGUAGCUGUUCA